UUUCUCCCCUAAUUAUUGACCCCAAUUCCUUGAAAUUUGCCUUGCCAUUGCCUUUAUCAUAUUGCUAUUAUUGAUGUUACGUAUUGCUUAUGUUGCGCUUUGUUAUUGGUUCGUGUAUGGGAAACGGAAAGCGUGUGGUUGAUGUGCGGCCUUGGCUCCUUUGGUAAAAAAUUAUUUCAAAAAGUGCUCGAAAGCGUUAUACGCUACUCAAGUGGCAAGCGAGUAAGUCGUAUGCGGCAAAGUUUAAAAGUGUUAUUUUUAAACAAAGACAACUAAACUUUCUCAAGCAGUAGCUCCGAAGAAACUGCUCCGAUGGAAAGUGCGCUGCCUUAGGUCUAAUAACUUUGCUGUCUUUCUCUUUUUUUUUGCAUUUGAAGUUUCACAACCGCGCGUACCUUGAAAUUCUUACAUUGAAAGGUGCAAAUUAUCAUCCUCCAGACUUUAGCGUAAAGUUGCAAUCGCUGCACGAAACUCUCUGGUUCACAACCCACCUUACGGUUUUCCGCAGAACACAUUCGCCAGUCGAUACUUUGUUUCGCAUACCUCAGUGUGCAGCGACAUCUCCCUUUCCACUCCUAGGGAAGAAGGCACGGGCAUGAGGUACGUGCUCGGCGUGUGCGGCGUGAUCAUAUUAUUCGCACUCGCCACGGUUGCCGUGGUGUUCCUGUUGGCCUACCAGGGUGAGAGCUCCGAGGUGGAUGACGCAGGCGGCAGCAACCGAUCUGGCGGUGGUGACGCCCCGCCUCCCAUGGAAGUCCCCGCCGUCGAACAGAUAACUACCACUCUUGUCCAGACUGCUCCCCUGCCCGGUACCACGCGCGCACGCACAUCGCCAUCGCCAUCCACACCUAGACCGACGACGAGUAGGAGUACGGCGUCGAAGGCGUCGAAGGCGUUGACGGCGUCGACGACUCCCAGUACGAAGCCCGGCCCGAUGACGGUGACGACCCCGCCCCCACCGCUGCUGUGCUCGGUGGGCGCGACGCCGACCGCCUUGCGGCCGCUCCUCCCGCCGGACAGAACGUGCGACAUCCUCGUCUACGCGCACGUCCGGUUCUUCAACCACACGCUGCGACCGGUGAUCAGCGAGAUGAGCUUCCACACGUUCAGGAACGUCUGCGAAUCCUACGCUCACACCACCUGCGGCGUGUCCUUCGACGCGAGGCACAUUCCGCCACCGACGUUUGCAUCAAUUGAAUUCGAGGAAACCUUGGAAGAACUUAAGGGAAAGUUCCAUAUCGAUCACUAUGGUAUUCUCAACAUCUAUGGUUCGGAAGACUUCGUCGACAGCGUAUCCAAGAAAGAUGCACCCAGAGUUCUAACCGCACUGCGACGACUCUUGGGAGAAGACGACCGGGAGAGGCACAAGGUCUUCGUCGGAGUCGGCUACCGCUACUACAACGCCACGAACGCCUGGAAGUCUCUGACAUACGCAGCCUCGAACUUGGCGUCGAAGGACUUGGAUAUAUUGGUCAUAAUCACCAGUUUUCUGACGCUGGGCGACCGGCAUGAGUGCAUCACACUUCCUGUCAAUGCCAUGAAUAGCCCGAACCGCUUCGUUCCCACUCUGGACGCGGCGUCUGUUAUGGCCAAGGCGGCAUUCGCGAGGCCCUCGAUCGUCGUGGCGUUCACCUUCCAGAUGGGCGUGCCGUACUACGUCCUGACGAAGGAGUACAACCCCAUCAUCGAAGCCAUGUACGAGCCCUGCACUUUGUUCGGCAUCAGCGACUACUCCCAGGCAUGCCAGGCCGACUCAGCUGACCUCAGCCUCGAGAAGACAGUCAUCGGCUUGAACAAACCGGAGUCAAUCAAGUUACUUGGCAAAAAAAUAUUCCAGUCCCACGACACGCUGCACUACAUGACAGAGAAGGCCAAGAUCAUCAUGGAGAGGCCUGAUACACGCGUCAACCUUUCGUGGUUCCUCUGGGACGUGCACCUGACGGACACCACGAGGACAUGCCUCACAGGGGGACCUUUCGAACGGGUCAAAGGAUUCAGGGACUUCUUUUAUCGGCAGGCUCAAAUGCCCAAGGGAUAGGGUGGCACCGUUGUCUGCGCGGCUCUAGCGAAAACACGCUCUAGUGCGCCGGCUACUGUUUCUUUC